AUGGAGAAACUGCUACUGAGUCUGCUUGGUCUGCAAACAGUAAUGGGAAUGGGACAUUGGUGUGAACACAGGGUACAAGAAAGAGUGGAACAAGUCCUGUCCCCACGCCUACAGCUUGAAGUGAGAUGUUCUGAGGUGUAUCAGUACAACACCCAAGGAUGGAGGCUGGAUGUGGACAGGAUGAGAAUCAAACAUGGGGGUGAUGAUGGCAUUGCUCUGUACUAUAAACAACAGGGGUCCAAGGCAUCCUGUUUCUUAUACAAACCUCCAGAGAUGCAGAGGCAGAUGGUAAACAAAACAGUGAGAGCAUGUUGUGAGGGAUGGGGUGGCCCACGCUGCGCUGAAGCUGUUGGUGUGCGUGGUCAGUGCUACUCUACAUGGAAUUGUGAGGAAUUCCCUGGAGUUCAUAAUUCCUCGCUUAUGCUCAUGGAGCAGUGCUGCAGCACCCUGUGGGGACUGAGCUGGAAGAAUGCUUCAGACGAAACCUGUUUGUCUUGCACCUACACUUUGCUUCCAGACUCCCAAACCUCUCCUGUGGUGCGUAUUGGUUUGUUGGGUAGUGCCAGGGUUCCUCAGAGCUCAGCCACCUGCAUGUCCUGGGGUGGAGUCCACUACCGUACUUUUGACAGGAAGCACUUCCACUUCCAGGGCAGCUGUACCUACCUGCUGGCCUCAUCGACUGAUAGCACCUGGGCUGUUUACAUCAGUACAGUUUGUGAUGGGCGAGAAGACUGCAGUAAGGCACUAAGAAUGAUGCUGGGUCUUGACUUGGUUUCAGUUCAUCACAGAAAUUUAACCCUGAAUAAUCUACCUGUUCCAAUUGGAGAGCCACGUUUUCAAAAUGGAGUAAGUAUACAUUGGCUGGGAGAUUUUGUGUUUGUGGAGAGUGGCCUGGGGGUCAGAGUGAAGUUUGAUUUGACAAACACAGUAUACCUGACAGUGACCGCCGAACACCUGGCAAACACUAGGGGGCUCUGUGGAGUCUACAACAACAAUGCUGAUGAUGAUUUCACCACAACGGAUGGAUCCGUGUCCCAGUAUGCAGCCAGCUUUGGGAACUCGUGGAAAGUUCCGGACCAGCACGAUGAAGGCUGCAGUGAUGGAGCUGAGCUCGGUCACAGCUGUGAUGUGACAGGAGACUCUGCGCUACACCGUCAAGCAGAGUCAGUGUGCCACCAACUGCUGGAAGACCCCUUCACUCAUUGCCAUCUCCAGCUGGAUCCAGCAGCCUACAUAGACACCUGUCUUUACCUGUAUUGCAGCCUGCCACCCAAAGAGAGAGAAAGGGCAGUAUGCGACACCCUGGCUAGCUACGCCCGAGAGUGUAACCAACAACACAUCAUCCUAAUGUGGAGAACACCCACUCUGUGUGGGCGUGUCUGUCCCAGAGGUCAGGUGUUUUCAGACUGCAUGUCCUCGUGUCCUCCCACUUGUACUUCUCCACAGCCCCCAGGGCCUUCUGCAGCUAUGGACCAGUGCAGGGAUGAGUGCGUUGGGGGAUGUGAAUGUCCUCCAGGCCUUUACUUUCACCAGGGAAGGUGUCUGAAAAGAGAUGACUGUCCUUGUUUUCAUCGCAGACGCGCAUACCAGUCAGGGGACAAAAUACAGCAGAGAUGCAACACCUGUGUGUGCAGUGCAGGUCAGUGGCAGUGUACUGGGGAGAAGUGUGCAGCUGAGUGCACCCUAAUGGGGUCUCUACAGGUGACCACUUUUGACAAAAAGAGGUAUUUACUGCAAGGAAGAGACUGUUCCUUCAUUGCUGUGGAGGACUUUGUUGAUAGGAAGGUAGUUGUGAGUGUGCGCUGUGGAGAAUAUGUAGCAGGAAGGGGAAAGGAAGGAGGAGUGGGAUGUCUAAAAGAGAUGUCAGUCACAGCUCUCAGGACCACAGUCACCAUCACAGGCACUGGUACAGUGAGACUGAAUGGCCAGAGGGAGGCUGUGCCCUUGGUAACAGGGGAUCUAGCUGUGUUGAGAGCCUCCUCUUCAUUUCUCCUCAUCCAGACUUUUGGAGCCCAGAUUCUCUGGUACCUAGACGGACCACUGGCCAUCAUCACCCUGCAGCCUGGCUUUGCAAACAAGGUGCGUGGACUGUGUGGAACAAUGACCUGGAACCAGCGUGACGACUUUACCACCCCAGAAGGAGAUGUGGAGAACAGUGUGACAUCCUUUAUCGGAAAAUUCACAACAGAGCACUGCUCUCUGCCUAGAGGACCUCCCCCAGACACCUGCUCUACGUACACUCAGAGGAGACAGUACGCUGAGACAGUGUGUGCUGUCAUACACAGCCCCAUCUUUCAGGUGUGUCAUGAUGUGGUGGAGAGGGAGCCAUACUUCCGUCUCUGCUUGUCCGAGGUUUGCAGCUGUGUUGCACAGGGAGCCUGUCACUGCACUGUUCUCACUGCCUAUGCCCGACACUGUGCUCAGGAAGGUGUUGUGGUCCAGUGGCGCAACCACACCUUCUGCACAAUCCAGUGUUCAGGGGGUCAAGUGUACCAGGAGUGUGGUCGUGCUUGUGGGAGCUCAUGCUCAGAUUUGAGACAGGGCUGGAGCUGUGAUGACAGUGGUGGUCAAAGAAUGUGUGUUCCAGGUUGCCAGUGCCCACCAGAACUAGUGCAGGAUGAUCAGGGUCAAUGUGUUCCCAUCUCUUUGUGCCCCUGCAUGCAAGAAGACAAGAUGUAUUCACCUGGGGCCGUGGUUCAAAAUAAUUGUAACACCUGUGUGUGUGAGCAGGGGUUGUUUAACUGCACCCAGGAGCUCUGUGAGGAGGUGAACCAGUGUCCUGACAAUCUAGUCUACUCCCCACGCUCCUGCCUGCUCACCUGCUCAAGCUUGGAUCCUCCUGGCCAACAGCAGGGGUCAAGUGUCACUCAGUCAAGCUGUAGAGAGCCCCUCUCUGGCUGUGUCUGUCCACGGGGAACUGUCUUACUAGGAGAUCGCUGUGUCCUGCCAGAUGAAUGCCCAUGUCACCACAACGGUCGAGUUUAUUACAGUAAUGACACCAUCACUAAAGACUGCAACACAUGUGUAUGUAAUGAGCGUCGCUGGCACUGUAGCCGGUCUGUCUGUGCUGGCGUAUGUGUGGCAACAGGUGACCCUCACUAUGUGACAUUUGACGGUCGUUGCUACUCUUUCCUGGGUGAUUGCCAGUAUGUGCUAGCGAGGGAGACCAGUGGCUUGUUUAGCGUCACGGCAGAGAAUGUGCCAUGUGGAAGCACCGGGGUCACCUGCACAAAAUCAGUCACCCUUAACCUGGGAAACACAGUCAUACACCUGCUGAGAGGUAAAGCUGUGACAGUAAAUGGGAUGCCAGUUAGCCUACCAAAGUCCUACAGUGGCAGUGGCCUGACUUUGGAAAAUGUUGGCCUGUUUGUGUCCCUCUCUUCACAACUUGGAGUCACUUUGCUGUGGGAUGGAGGAAUGCGUGUGUAUGUGCGCUUGUCAGCCCAUCUUCAGGGUCGAGUUGGGGGCCUGUGUGGUAACUUUGAUGGAGACACAGAGAAUGACUUCACAACACGGCAAGGAAUUGUGGAGUCCACAGCCGAGCUGUUUGGAAACUCUUGGAAAGUCAUCCCCUCCUGCCCUGACGUGGCCAACCAGGACCUCCGGGACCCCUGUGCUCUGAACCCUCACAGAGUAACAUGGGCCAGGAAAAAGUGUGCUGUGUUGACUCAAGAACUUUUCUCAAUGUGCCACCCUGAGGUACCCUUCCAGCAGUAUUAUGACUGGUGUGUCUUUGAUGCUUGCGGCUGUGACUCAGGUGGGGACUGUGAGUGUCUCUGCACAGCCAUUGCUACAUACGCUGAAGAGUGCAACCGGCGAGGGGUCUACAUCCACUGGAGGUCCCAGGAGCUCUGUCCUCUGCAGUGUGACAAUGGGCUGGUAUAUAAUCCCUGUGGUCCAGCUUGCUCCCAUUCUUGUCCGAGUGUUCAGCAAAGUCCACAUUCCAGCUGCAGUGCCCUUUCCUGUGUGGAGGGCUGCUUUUGUCCCGCAGGCACUGUCCGACAUGGCGACAGCUGUGUAGUUCCUACCCAGUGUCCAUGUGAGUGGGAUGGCUCCAUGUUUCCACCUGGAACUACCAUCACUCAGAACUGCCAGAACUGUUCCUGUGAGGAAGGUGUGUGGAAGUGUGAGGGUGUGGCUUGCCCUCCUCCCUCCCCUCCAUGUCUGGAGUCAGAGUUUACCUGUGCUGGGGGACGGUGCAUCCCCUCCCAGUGGGUGUGUGACAAUGAAGAUGACUGUGGUGAUGGUUCAGAUGAGAUCUGCCCAUCCACCUGCUCCCCAAAACAAUUUCGCUGUACCAGCACACCAAGUGGACCAUGUUUGAACCUGGCUCUACGUUGUGAUGGCCACCCAGACUGUGCUGACCAAUCAGAUGAGGAGUUCUGUGGACCUGCCACCACUGUGCCCCUGUGCCCAUCUGGGGAAUUUCAGUGUGCAAAUGGAAAGUGUCUGCCAGUCAGCCGUGUUUGUGAUGGAAGGCUGGACUGUGGCUUUGCUGAUGGGUCGGAUGAGCAAGACUGUGAUAUAGUGUGUGAUGAAGGGGAGUUCCUGUGUGCGGGGGGACGAUGCAUUCUGUACCUUCAUCACUGCGAUGGCCAUGAUGACUGUGGGGACCUCAGUGAUGAGAGAGGGUGUGUGUGUCCACCAGGAGAGUUUCAGUGUCCAGGAGGCCAAUGUAUCCCCGCAGACAGAGUAUGUGAUGGAAACAGAGACUGCCCCUCUGGAAUUGAUGAGGCUGUCUGUCCAAGUAAAGUAACCUGUGCACCAGAUCAGUUUGCCUGUGGUGAUGGUACAUGUGUUCCCAGCACUAAGCUGUGCGAUGGAGCCACUGACUGUCCAGGAAGAGAGGAUGAGAACAGAAAUAACUGCUACACCAGAACCACAACACCAGUACUCCUGCCUGUCACACCAACUUCUGCUUGUAGGGCUUACGAAUUCAGUUGUGCCACUGUUGGGCAGUGUGUGCCUCAGGCCUGGCGUUGCGAUGGAGAAACAGAUUGUAGGGAUGGCAGUGAUGAGCAGCAGUGUGGUGCUCCAUGUGACUCUGGCCAGGUGCCUUGUGUCAGUGGGGACCAGUGUGUGAACUACCAGCAGCUCUGUGAUGGGACCCCACAUUGCAGGGAUGCCUCAGAUGAGAGUAUCGACAACUGUGGCUCUACUCGGAUACCUCCCUGUCUAGGCAACUUCCCAUGUGACAACCACACCUGUGUGAACAUGUCACAGGUCUGCAAUGGCAUUCCAGACUGCCCACGGGGUGAUGAUGAGUUGGUGUGUGAUAAGACUGUCUCACCAACACCUGGCAGUAGGAACACAACUGUCACCUGCCCUGAAUUCACGUGUAUGGAUGGAACUUGUGUCCCCUUUAACAUGGUGUGUAAUGGUGUUCCAGACUGCCCAGACUCCUCAAUAGGACUGACUGGAGGCCCCACAGAUGAGCAGAGCUGCAGAACCUGGAGCUCCUGGGGCCCUUGGAGUCCUUGCAGCACCACCUGUGGGACUGGCUUUAUGAGCCGGGAGAGAUCUUGCCCUCCAGGGGACCCGCUGCGCCACUGUAGGGGCCAGGACAUCCAGAAGCAGCAGUGUUUCAAUGACACCUGUCCUGUUGAUGGACAGUGGCUGCCGUGGGAGAGCUGGUCAAACUGUUCCAGUAGUUGUGGUGGAGUUCAGGUCAGAAACAGAGGAUGCAUACCUCCUCGCUACGGAGGCCAAGACUGUUUCCAGCUCCCGGGACCAUAUAACUUUUCCAUGGAAAUCAAACCAUGUCCUAACGAUGGAUGUGACAACACCAGCUGUCCCACAGGCCUGGUUAGACACAGUUGUACUGCCUGCCCAUUCUCCUGUGCCCACAUCAGCAGUGGGUCAGCCUGCGAUCCUGGAGCACCUUGUUUCUCAGGAUGCUGGUGUCCAGAGGGCCAAGUGAUGAGCCAUACACAACACUGUGUGUCACCAGAGGAGUGUACGUGUGAAGUGGCAGGUGUGCGCUACUGGCUGGGCCAGCAGAUAAAAUUGGACUGUGAGAUUUGUGUUUGUGAGAGAGGAAGGCCACAGAGAUGUCAGCCUAACCCUGACUGCUCAGUGCACUGUGGCUGGUCAUCAUGGUCUGAGUGGGGAGAGUGUCUGGGGCCAUGUGGUGUCCAAAGCGUUCAGUGGUCCUUCCGCAGCCCUAAUAAUCCCAGCAAACAUGGAGAUGGUAGAACAUGCAGAGGAAUUUACAGAAAAGCUCGCCGGUGUCAGACAGACCCCUGUCAGGAGUGUGAGUAUCACGGUCAGUCCCAUACAGUCGGAGACAGAUGGUGGUCAGAGAAAUGUCAAUUAUGCCACUGUCUUCCCAACCUCAAAGUGAAGUGUUCCCCCUAUUGUCCAUAUACUGCCACUGGAUGCCCUCAGGGUCAAAGUCUGAUGCCUGGAGAGGGAGACAGGUGUUGUUACUGCAAAGGUGAAAACGACACCAUACUUACAACAAUUAGUCCUUUCACUGUGACCUCCAAGCCAGCAGAGGUCACUACACCCCUGAUUCCCACAUAUCCUCUUCCUCCUGGCGAUAAAUGUUGGUCUCCUUUGGGUGUCCAGUCUCUCCCAGCAUCAAGUUUCAGUGCCUCGUCUCAGCAGGCUGGUCACCCCCCUGAUGCAGCUCGUCUCCAUGCAUGGGACCCUCACAGUGACCUCCAGGGCUGGAGUCCACAACCAGAGGAGUAUAAGGACCUACCACAGCGGAGCCCUGAUAGAUACACUGACAACCCACAAAGCCCGUUCAUACAGAUAGACCUGCUGAAACCUUAUAACAUCACUGGUGUAUUGACCCAGGGUGGAGGUGUGUUUGGCACAUUUGUGUCCAGCUUCUACAUCCAGUUCAGCCAGGAUGAAAAGCAGUGGUACACUUACAAAGAGCUUGUUGCUGAUGCCCGGCCCAUACCCAAGGUUUUUCUUGGUAAUCAUGAUGAUCGAGGAGUGACAGAAAGCAGACUGGACAGGGUAGUGUUGGCUCAGUUUGUCCGUGUCUUGCCCUAUGACUUUCAGAAUGGCAUUUACCUUCGCCUCGAGAUCAUGGGCUGUGGCGAUGGUUGGUUGCCCACCCCUCCCCCACCAGUCUCCCCAGUAGGUGGCUGCAGAGAAAAAGAGUUCCAGUGUAAAAAUGGUCGCUGUGUGCCUGCAGGUCCACUCGGUGUUGUCUGUGAUGGCGUUAAUGAUUGUGGGGACAGUUCAGAUGAGAUGUACUGUGGUAUGCAACCCUCCUCUACAGUCACCAGUCCACGUAGUUGCCCUGCUGGUCAAUUCUCCUGCCCCCCACCAGGUGGAUGCAUUGAGGCAGGGAAGCGUUGUGAUGGAAAUCCCCACUGUCCCAGAGGAGAGGAUGAAAAUGGAUGCCACCCUCAUGCCAACAUUACUGCUCAGCCAUACACACCCACUCCUGCUCCUCUGAGGACUCCGUCUAUGGCUGCUGUCACUCAUCCUGCUGAUGGUGGCCCAGGAUAUCAUGGGAUCUGCUCCUCUCCCCUCGGACUGGAGGAUGGGAGAGUUUAUUACGGUCAGCUCACUUCAUCCUCCCAGCGUGACAACAACCCUGCUGAUGCCGGACGACUAAAUAUUGUCCCAAACAUCCAGGUUAUGGAGCCCGGUUGGAGCCCCUUGCCAACAGAUCCCCAGCCAUAUUUUCAGGUGGAUUUCUUGGAGCCCACAUGGGUGUCAGGUGUGGUGACACAGGGCACUGAACACAUGCGGGGUUACCUCACUAAAUACCACCUGGCAUUUGCGCUGCAUAGCAGCCUCUUCACAGACUUUACUGAGAAUGGGAAACCUGGUGGCCCUGCUAAGGUGUUUGAAGUACGGAUGGUGGGCAUAACCCCUGUGACCCGCUGGCUUGGUCGACUGGUUAGAGCUCGCUACGUGCGCAUUAUCCCUACAGAAUUCAGGCACACAUUUUACCUGCGUGUGGAGCUCCUUGGCUGCCAAGGAGAUGAGCUGGUAACCCCCAGCAGUGUGACAACAUCUCCCUCUGGAGGUGGGAACGUGACUGUGCAGCACUGUAAGCCUGGUCAGUUUUCAUGCCAGCACAGCCAAGAGUGCGUCUCUGUGUCUUUGCUUUGUGAUGGCCAACCAGACUGCAAGGAUCAUUCUGAUGAGAUUGGCUGUGGUACAGCUCCAACCAGAGGCUUUCCAGGUCUGCAAAACCAGACCAGUUCUGCAGGGAGACCAGGUAUCCGUGGUGACCACACUACAGGUGCCCCCCGCCUACAUACCACCAGGUCCCAAGGUAGCCUUCCUAGUGUGCCAACAUCAGGAGUCACAGAACCAACUAGAUUACAGAACAUCACGAGUGCUAGUCAGCCUGGACUGCAUCCCAGCACAUGGGCGCACCCUGGUACACCUGGUCUUCAUUCCACAAAAGCCCCACUGAUCACCACAAGCCCCCAUGAUGGUGGCCUACCCAAAGUGCUUUGCGUUGAGGGCCAGUUUGCAUGCCAAUCAUCUGGGUGUGUUUACCGAGCACAAGUGUGUGAUGGGAUACAAGACUGUUUGGAUGGGUCAGAUGAACAACACUGUGGCACCACAGCCAGGCCAUCAGUGACUUCACAGCGGUCCGUGGUGCCCAGCCCCUGCUCUCCCAAGCAGUUCUCCUGUGACAGUGGGGAGUGUGUUCACCUGGACCGCAGGUGUGACCUGCAGAAGGACUGUGUAGAUGGAUCUGAUGAAAAAGACUGUGUAGACUGUAUCAUGUCCCCAUGGACAGCAUGGAGUGCCUGCAGUGUAUCCUGUGGGCUUGGCUCUUUGUUCCGGCAGAGGGAUAUAUUGAGGGAAGCGCUGCCUGGGGGAACUUGUAGUGGAGCUCAGUUUGACAGUCGAGCCUGCUUUCCUCAAGCAUGUCCAGUUAAUGGUCAUUGGUCAGAGUGGACCGAGUGGUCGGAAUGUGACGCUCAUUGUGGAGGAGGAGUCAGGCAGAGGAACCGGACCUGCUCCGCUCCUCCUCCUAAGAACAGUGGACGGGACUGUGAGGGAAUGACCAGGCAGAGCCAGAGCUGCAACAGCCAGCCCUGCGCCAAAGACACUGACACACAGACAGGUUGUGUCAAUGGCAUGGUGUUGGUAGCGGAGGAAGACUGCCAGGCUGGGAGAGUGGAUCCCUGCCCUCCUACCUGCUCACAUCUCAGCUUAGCCAACAACUGCACUGCAGAGUGUAUUUCGGGGUGUCGCUGUCCCUACGGGCUCUACCUUCAAGAGGGACGAUGUGUGAAUUCAAGCCAGUGUGUCUGUCACUGGGAUGGCCAAAUACUGCAACCAGGACAGGUGGUCAGCAGGGACCAGUGUACCACAUGUAAAUGCAGAGAUGGUCAAGUCACUUGUGACGUAUCCAGCUGUGUGCCAGCCUGUCACUGGUCAGCCUGGUCGUCAUGGUCACCAUGUGAUGUAACCUGUGGUCUGGGGCUACAACAACGUUACAGGUCUCCAGUGAAUCCAGCAGGAGCAGUCAGAGUCCAACCCUGUCCAGGAGAUUCCUCUGAGGCUCAACACUGCUCCAGCCCAUGCCUCCCUGUACUACCAGGUGUUGGGUGGAGUAAAUGGACCAGAUGGUCAGAGUGCAGCAAAACAUGUUUCAACCAUGUAGAUGAUGUGGGAAUUAGGCUACGAUUCCGCAGCUGCAACCACACAUACACACCAUUUAACCACACGCACACGCAGUCUGUCUGCAAUGGAGACAGUGAGGAGCAAGAACCUUGCAACACUGUGUACUGUCCGGUGCCUGGUGGUUGGUCAGCCUGGUCUCCAUGGUCUCAGUGUUCAUCCAAGUGUGACUCUGGUGUCCAGACCAGAGAGAGACUCUGCAAUUCCCCAGUGCCACAGCAUGGAGGCAAUAGCUGUGUUGGGCCUCACAUACAGACACGGGACUGCAACUCUCACCCCUGUUCAGGUGUGUGUCCAGAGGGUAUGGUGUAUAUGACAGCAAAAGAGUGUGAGGCUCAGCGUGGUGCAUGUCCACGGGUGUGCUUGGACAUGACCUCCAUGGAGGUACAAUGUACCACCACCUGUUAUGAUGGCUGCUACUGUGCCCUGGGCUUCUACCUGCUCAACAGCAGCUGCGUGCCCUUGGCACAGUGCCCGUGUUACCACCAAGGAGAGAUGUACUUAGCUGGUGCCACACUGCCUGUUGAUGGCUGUAAUAACUGUACUUGCACAAAUGGAAAAAUGGAGUGUGGGAUGUUUCCCUGUCCUGUGGACUGCGGCUGGAGCACCUGGACACAGUGGAGUGCUUGCAGUCAGACAUGUGAUGUUGGUGUGAGGAGGAGGUAUCGUUCAGGAACCAACCCCCCUGCUGCAUUUGGUGGUCGUCCCUGCAAAGGAGACAGGGUUGGGAUAGAUACCUGCAGCGUUGAGCCCUGCUUUGGUGUAACGGAGCCAUGGAGUACAUGGUCAGAGUGUUCAGUGACCUGUGGAGGAGGGUACAGGACCCGAACCCGUGGACCCAUCCGAAUCCACGGCACCACUCAGCAGUUCAGCACCUGUAACCUGCAGCCUUGUGGUGAAGGCAAGAAGUGUCCUCCUGGCCAGGAGUGGAUGCAGUGUGUGAGGGGGGCAGUGUCAUGUAUGGACCUCACAAUGGAGCUCAGCAGAAACUGUACUCCAGGAUGCCAGUGUCCACGAGGGACCAUCCAGCAGGACGGUGUGUGUGUGAGCGAGUCUGACUGUCGCUGUGAUGUUGGUGGACAGCAGUACAAACCAGGAGACAUUAUCCCCUUAGACUGCAAUAACUGCACCUGUGAAGGAGGAAGACUGGUGAAUUGCUCUCGUUUUAGCUGCAAUGUUGAUGGGCAGUGGUCAGCAUGGACUCCCUGGGGUCACUGUUCGGUGUCAUGUGGAGCAGGUCUCCAGUCUCGCUACCGGUUCUGUUCCAGCCCCCGGCCCUCUGGCAGUGGCCUGCCAUGUGUGGGUCCUCACCAUGAGGAUCAAGUCUGCAUCAUUGCCCAAUGUGACCGUGAUGGUGGCUGGGGUCAGUGGAGCAAUUGGACAGAGUGUACCAAGUCAUGUGGUGGGGGGGUCCGAAGCAGACGGAGACACUGUGACAGUCCCAGUCCAGAAGGGAAGGGGAAUUACUGUGAGGGAUCGGGAAGUGAAGUCACACGUUGUAACAUUGACCACUGCCCAGUGGCGCCAUGUUUCCUGGUCCCAGGAACUGUAUUCAGCAGCUGUGGGCCCUCCUGCCCUCGCUCCUGCGAUGACCUUACUCACUGUGAGUGGAAUUGUGAACCAGGAUGCUACUGUACAGAGGGAAAAGUCCUGUCUGCUAAUGGGACUGUCUGUGUAGAGAAGGAAGACUGUCCCUGCCUGGACCUUAGCACUGGACAACGACUGGAACGUGGAGAUACCAUUGAAGCCCUUGAUGGAUGCAACAACUGCACCUGUGAAGGUGGGAAAUUCAACUGUACUCGAAACUCCUGCCCAGUGUCGGGUGGCUGGUGUGAGUGGUCAGAGUGGACUCCCUGCUCCAGGACCUGCGGGGCAGAGUCAGUGUCCCGCUACAGGAGCUGUAGCUGUCCUGAGCCAGAGGCUGGAGGACAGCUGUGCACUGGUGAACAGGAAAUGCACAGUGGAAUCGGAGUUCAGAUCCAGAGACAGCCUUGCCCUGUCAUUACUUUCUGUCCAGUUCAUGGUUCAUGGAGUCCUUGGUCCAUGUGGUCAGAGUGUGAUGGAUGCACUGGGUCGUCAACUCGUACCAGAGAGUGUAACAGUCCUCCUACUAAAUAUGGUGGCCUGCCAUGUCUUGGAGAGGGGAGGCAGAGCCGUGGUUGCAAUGAAAAUAUCACUGUCUGCUCAGACUGUGGUGGAGGCCAGGAAGAAUGGCCUUGUGGCAAACCCUGUCCUCGCUCCUGUUCGGAUCUCCAUGGUGACACAGAGUGCUUGGACUCCCCUGGGUGUAGCUGGACCUGUGGUUGUCCGGGUGACAUGGUGCUGCAGGAUGGAGUGUGUGUGGUCAGGGACGAGUGUCGCUGCAAAUACCACAACUCUGCUACUGGUAGUGUGGAUUACAGCAAUGCAUCAUGGGUGUGGCCCAGUGGAUCUGUUUGGCAGUUUGCAAAUCCAGGAGAGAAAAUUAUCAGUGAUUGCAAAAACUGUUCAUGUGAGGCUGGGGUUCUGCAGUGUCAGUCUGUCCCUGGCUGCCGUGUUGAUGGUGGCUGGAGUCAAUGGGGAGAAUGGACUGAAUGCUCUCUUUCAUGUGGCGGUGGAGUCCAGUUCAGAAGACGCCUGUGUGAUAAUCCAUCUCCUCAGAGUGGUGGAAGAGGCUGCCUGGGUGUCACUGAGCAGCAGAGAGACUGCAACACGCACCUGUGCACAGAAUCAGUGGGCCCGUGGCUGCCCUGGUCUCAGUGGUCUGAGUGUUCAGUCAGCUGUGGGGGAGGGCAGCAGUCCCGCUCUCGUCUCUGCAGCUCUUUGGCUUGCAGUGGCCUCAGUCAUCAGAGCAAAACCUGCAAUACCCACGUCUGCCUUGAUGUGGGCUGCCCUCCGGGGAGGCUGUAUAGGGAGUGUGAACGAGGAGAAGGUUGUCCUUUCAGCUGUGUUCAGGUCAGCGGCAGGGAGGGGUGCUACAAUGAUGGCUGUGAGGAAGGCUGCCACUGUCCUGUGCACACCUAUCAGCACCAUGGCCUCUGUUUACCGGAAUGUCCCUGUCUGGUGGAUAAAGAGUUUCUGGCCUCUCUGCAGAGUGUCUCUGUAACAUCAGUCUCAUCUCUGCUUUUUCACAACAUCUCAGAGGGUAUGGAGCUCCAGCCUGGAGAUACAUUUGUCCAUGACUGCAGCACCUGUGGCUGUGUGCAUGGCAGGUGGAACUGUUCCUUGGAGCACUGCCCUGUGGAUGGUGGUUUGUCUUCCUGGGGCCCCUGGAGCCCCUGCUCACUAACUUGUGGUGGUCUAGGACUGAAGACUCGCUCUAGGGGUUGCACACAGCCUGCCCCGGCCCAUGGAGGGAGAGACUGCCAGGGGCCACAGAGGGAAACAACCUACUGCCAGGCCCCAGACUGUCCAGGUACUUUGGGGGAUUUAUUUGUUGUUCCAACAGAAGAACCAGCCAUACCAGAUGAGGAUUCUGGAUUCUCUCCUUGGUCACUGUGGAGUCCUUGCACAAAGACCUGCACUGAUGCUCUCACCCCGGCUAUAAAGUCCCGCCACCGACAGUGUGUGAAACCACCCUGUUCUGGAAGCUCUCACCAAGAGAAGGCCUGCAACUUGCCCCAAUGUCCAGGCGGGAUAUGUGUAAGGCCCGACUGUGCACAGAGGAACUGUUCGUGGACUGAGUGGGGAGAAUGGAGCGCUUGCUCACGGUCCUGCGGAGUGGGUCAGCAGCAGAGGAUCCGAACGUUCCUGCGCCCUGGCACAAACGGCUCGUGGUGUGAGGGCAUCCUUGAAGGAAACGUAGAGCAUCGCUUCUGUAACAUCAAACCCUGCAGAGUUGAUGGAGGCUGGUCCCGGUGGAGUCCCUGGUCUCGCUGUGAUAAGCGUUGCGGUGGCGGACGCUCUAUACGCACUCGCUCCUGCUCUAGUCCUCCACCCAAAAAUGGUGGAAAGAAGUGUGAAGGAGAGAAGAACCAAGUCAAGCCUUGCAACAUUAAACCUUGUGAUGAGAAAGGGUGCCCACCAGGCCAAGAGUUUGUGGUGUGUGCCAACCAGUGUCCACAGCGCUGCUCAGACCUCCAGCAGGGCAUAGAGUGUCAGAGCAACACCGACUGCCAGCCUGGCUGCCGCUGCCCUAAAGGUCAGUUGGAGCAGGACGGGGUGUGUGUGCAGCUGUGGCAGUGCAACUGUGUGGACUUACUGGGACAGAUUUGGGUGGCCGGCAGCACACAUCAGGUGGACUGCAACAACUGCAGCUGCUCUGAUGGACAGCUCCUCUGCACCAAUGACAGCUGCCAGGCUACCUGUGUUUGGAGCUCCUGGUCCAGUUGGGCUCCAUGCAGUGUUUCCUGUGGCCAGGGCCAGAGAACCAGAUACAGGUCCCUGACCCCAGAGACUGAAGGAGCACAUUGCCACUUUGAGGAGGUCCAGCACAGAUCCUGCAAUCCAGGAACCUGCCCCCCUCUAUGUCUGCUUGACAACCAGACCCUCAGUUUGGGAGACACCUGGCUCCAAGGAGAAUGUAAACAAUGCACAUGCAUUCCAGAGGGAGUUUUCUGCCAAGACAUUGACUGCAGAGUGGAUGGUGCUUGGACUCCCUGGUCAGUGUGGUCUGACUGCUCAGUGACUUGUGGCCGGGGCACACAUGUUCGAACCCGUGCCUGUAUAAACCCCCCACCACGAAACAACGGGUCUCACUGCAGUGGGCCAGAGAGAGAAACCCAGGACUGUCAGACCCCUCCCUGCCUGGAUGACCUUUGCCCGUGGUCUCCUUGGUCAACAUGCUCUCAGAGCUGUGGGGCGGGGUCUGUAUCACGACACAGGGUGUGUGUGUGUGAGCAGGGCGGAGAUACAGCGUGUACCCCUGAGAUUGAGGCUGAAAGGAACAGUGUGGAGACUCAGCUUUGUUACAAACAGCCCUGUCCAGCCUGUCCCAUGUCAGCCUGGAGUGUUUGGUCUCAGUGUGCCUGUGAGUCUCAAAGGCAGCUGCGUUACCGCGUAGCUCUCUCUUCACCCACCAGGGGGCAACAGUGCACCCCUGUAGAAACACAGAGCCGGGCAUGCAGUCUCAGUCAGUGUGAUGUCUGCAAAGCCCCAUUUGUGUACUCGGCGUGUGGCGCACCCUGUCAGAAGCAAUGUGAACUGCAUGGCCGUAAAGAUCUGUGUCUCAGUGCCAGAGAGUGCACACCUGGCUGUUACUGUCCACAGGGCCUGCUGCAGUAUAAUGGUAGCUGUGUUCCUCCAGAGGAAUGUGGCUGCAUCCAUUUGCAGCACCAAGCUUCGGGAGAGCUACCCACACCUGUCACCAUCCCACAGGGGGCCACGGUCACCAUAGGCUGCAGUACCUGUCUUUGUCACAAUGGCAGUUUGCAGUGUGACAUGAGAGAAUGUGAAGUCAUCCUCAGUGAGUGGUCAGGGUGGACUCCCUGUUCCCCCUGUACGCUCUCUUCCUCUCUGCAGUACAGCGCUUUAUCAGCAGCUAUCAACAGCUCACAACUGGUCUCAAUCCAGAGGCGCUUUCGAGCCUGUUUGGACCUGGAUUCUGGUCUUCCUGUCACUACAGAGGAGGAGAGCCAGUGCCCAGGACUACUGGUAGAGGAGAGGCUAUGUCCAGAUGCUAACAUCUGCAGAGAUCUGUGUCACUGGAGUGCGUGGAGUGCUUGGACAGCAUGUGCAGAGCCAUGCAGUGGUGGAGUCAGGCAGCGCUACAGACAGGCCCACGCUGCUCAUUGUAGGAGCCAAGAGACACAGAGCCAAGGCUGCAACACAGGACUCUGCCCAGGAGAGCGUUGUGAGGAUAGGGGUCGAGCCUACCAGGAGAGCUGUGCCAAUCAGUGUCCUCGCAGUUGCACUGACUUAUGGGAUCAUGUGCAGUGUCUCCAAGGAGCCUGUCACCCAGGUUGUCGGUGUCCAGAAGGACAGUUGUUGCAGGACGGCCACUGUGUGUUAGUGACAGAGUGUCGCUGUGGUAUCCCAUCAGGCAACGGGACACUGGAGUUCAGCCCUAAAGAGGAGCUCACCAUGGACUGUAAUACUUGUGUGUGCGAGAAUGGCACUCUGGUGUGCUCCAAGCUUCCCUGUCCAGGUUAUGAGCCCUGGAGUCCAUGGAGCUCCUGCUCAGCUUCAUGUGAGCGUGGCCAGAGAACCAGGACACGCGACUGCCAGGAUGCCGAGGGCGGCCCUCCCUGUACCGAAAUCAUGCAAACAGAAAUCUGUGAUCUGCCAUCAUGUCCAGUGGGUUGUUUGUUGAGUGAGUGGUCAACCUGGAGUGAGUGCAGCGCCUCUUGUGAUGGCGGGUUGUCAGUGCGGAACAAGACAGUCCUUAAAGAGCCAGAGCUUGGUGGGACAGCCUGUGUUGGCCCACUUGAACAACACACUGUCUGUAACACUAACAGCUGCCUUCCUGAGUGUCCCAGCAGGCAGGUGUUCAGUGAUUGCUCAGGCUCCUGUCCAUAUACCUGUGAGGACUUGUGGCCACACACUCAGUGUUUACCUGGACCCUGCACACCUGGGUGUACAUGCCCUCCUGGACAGGUGCUGUACCAGGGCUCCUGUGUGACUCAUGCUGACUGUCCCUGUUCGCCAUUGUCUUUGCCGGCUGAGUUCCAAAACUGGAAUGUCAGCGCUGAGUACUUCACAGAAGCUCUGCUGCCACCUGGAACGGCCAUUAGGCACCUCUGCAAUACAUGUGUGUGCCAAGGUGGAAUAUUCAACUGUACCUCAGAGCCCUGUGAGGUGGACUGCCAGUGGUCCAGCUGGUCCCAGUGGAGUCCAUGUUCAGCCAGCUGUGGUACAGGACAGCAGAGCUCCUUCAGAUCUGUUCUGCAGCCCAAUCAGUAUGGAGGGGCUCCAUGUGAAGGCCCUAACCUCCGCACCACAACCUGCAUUGCACCUGACUGUGUGUGUCCUGAUGGGGAGCAGUGGAGGAGGACCACAUCAGAGGAGAUCCCGCUGUGUGAGAGGAGCUGCCAGGACAUUUACUCCUCCACUCCUGUCAACUGCACCCACUCUGCUGAGGGCUGUGUGUGUCGGGAGGGGCUGUAUCGAAACCCAGAGGGCUUGUGUGUCAUCGCUGCCCUCUGCCCUUGCCAUGACCAGGGCAUUGUGCAGGAGGCAGGAUCAGAGUGGGAGGAGGACUGUCUGUCGUGCAGCUGUGUGAACGGGAGAAAAUUGUGCCGGCUGAGGUGCCCUCCGCUUUACUGCGAUGAGAGGGAAGUGAAGGUGGAACAACCAGGCAGUUGCUGUCCAGUCUGCAGAAAGCAGUUUCCAGGUGAGCCUGUGCCAGAGUGUCAUCGCUAUGUGCAGGUCAGGAACAUCACCAAGGGAGACUGUCGACUCGACAAUGUCGAGGUCAGCUUCUGCAGAGGACACUGCCUGUCCAGGACUGAUGUCAUCCUGGAGGAGCCAUACCUCCAAUCAAUGUGUGAGUGCUGUAGUUACCGUCUGGACCCACACACCCCGGUCCGUUUCCUCAGCCUGCAAUGUCAGAGUGGAGAGAGCGAGCCGGUUGUUCUGCCAGUCAUACACAGCUGUGAGUGCACUAGCUGCCAAGGAGGUGAUCUGUCCAGACGCUGAGUGAGUCUGUUACGUGUGUCUGUGAAUGCACUUCAGAGGAAAGUAUCAAGUCCAAAACCAUGCAAGAGCACCUCACUAAAAGCCAGCUGGGUGAUAGAUGGAGGAUUUUGGGUCGAUGAGUGGAAAAAGUCCCUCUUGAUAAACACACUGCUCUGUAGUUCUUAGUCAUCAAAUGGCUACUAAAUGAAUCCUACUGCUGAUAGUAGAUUUCUCAAAUA